CCCCCUCCCCUGCCGUCGCCACACAGCCGCCUGGUGGCUUAGCAGCAGGCGGGUUUUCAGCUUAGGACAGAGGUGGGAAGUUGUCAGAAGGAGAGCGACUGCCCUCGGCCACUCUUAAUGAACACCAAGGGCUUGCUUUUGCCACAAACUCGGUCACAUUUCUUAAUGAAUCCACCCUACACAUUCCAGGACGGAACAGGUGCUUAUGUCAAAGCCAAGCCUGCAGGAGAAGUCUUGCUAUGCAGUUAGUCUUUCUACACACUGUCAGUGGUGUUCAGCUGUCCACAUGGGCAGAAGGAUCUGAAAGAAGAUGAAUUUGGCAGAGAUCUGUGACAACGCAAAGAAAGGGCGAGAGUAUGCGCUUCUGGGAAAUUAUGACUCGUCGAUGGUGUAUUACCAGGGAGUAAUACAACAGAUCCAGAGACAUUGCCAGUCGGUGAGAGACCCGGCUGUCAAAGGGAGGUGGCAUCAGGUACGGCAGGAACUCUUGGAGGAAUACGAACAAGUUAAGAGUAUCGUCAACACGUUAGAAAGCUUUAAAGUCGACAAGCCCCCAGACUUCCCUGUGUCUUGUCAAGAUGAACCAUUUAGAGAUCCAGCCGUCUGGCCACCCCCUGUCCCUGCAGAGCACAGAGCUCCGCCUCAGAUCAGACGUCCCAACCGAGAAGUGAGGCCCCUGAGGAAAGACGUGGGAGCAGGCGCCCGCGGACUGGUGGGCCGAGCGCACCCGAUAUCCAAGAGCGACAAACCUGCCAGUCGGGACAAGGACUGCAGAGCGAGAGGGAGAGACGACAAGGGAAGGAAAAAUAUGCAAGAUGGUGCAAGUGAUGGUGAAAUCCCCAAAUUUGACGGCGCUGGAUACGAUAAGGAUCUGGUGGAAGCCCUGGAGAGGGACAUUGUGUCUCGGAACCCUAGCAUUCACUGGGAUGACAUCGCAGAUCUGGAGGAGGCAAAGAAGUUGCUCCGGGAAGCUGUUGUUCUUCCCAUGUGGAUGCCUGACUUUUUCAAAGGGAUUCGAAGGCCGUGGAAGGGUGUGCUGAUGGUUGGACCUCCAGGGACUGGGAAAACCAUGCUAGCUAAAGCGGUUGCCACUGAAUGUGGGACAACAUUUUUCAAUGUCUCUUCUUCUACACUGACUUCGAAGUACAGAGGUGAAUCUGAGAAGUUAGUCCGUCUAUUGUUUGAAAUGGCUAGGUUCUACGCCCCCACCACGAUCUUCAUUGAUGAAAUAGAUUCUAUCUGCAGUCGAAGAGGAACAUCGGACGAGCAUGAAGCAAGUCGCAGAGUCAAGUCUGAGCUGCUUGUCCAGAUGGACGGAGUUGGGGGAGCCUUAGAAAAUGAUGAUCCGUCCAAAAUGGUGAUGGUUCUGGCUGCCACUAACUUCCCAUGGGACAUCGACGAAGCUUUGCGAAGGAGACUAGAGAAAAGGAUCUACAUCCCUCUCCCAACAGCAAAAGGAAGAGCCGAGCUUCUGAAGAUCAGCCUCCGGGAGGUGGAGCUGGAUCCUGACAUCCGCCUGGAGGACAUCGCGGACAAGAUUGAGGGCUAUUCCGGUGCCGACAUAACUAACGUCUGCAGGGAUGCGUCUUUGAUGGCAAUGAGGCGGCGCAUCAGCGGCUUGAGUCCAGAAGAGAUCAGGGCCCUGUCCAAGGAGGAGCUGCAGAUGCCUGUCACCAGAGGGGACUUUGAGCUGGCACUGAAGAAAAUUGCCAAGUCGGUCUCAGCUGCGGACUUGGAGAAGUACGAGAAGUGGAUGGUUGAGUUUGGAUCUGCGUGAUUUGUCAGCUGUCUCGUUUCUGGUGUUCUUGUCUAUAAAUGUGAAGGAAUUCCUUAAAUUUAAAAAAAAUCUGCAAUUUUUAAUCAGAGGAAAUUUCACUCAAAGGCCAAAGCAAAACAAAACUGUCUAGAGCUAGAGAGAGAUGCAGUUGAGGAAUGAGACGCUUAUGGAGGCUGCUGACUUCCUGCUAGCAAACCUCAUUCUCCCAGAAUACGCCAGCCAGGGGGCGGGGCUGGGGCGGGGCCUGGCUCGCAGGGAGUCCUCAAAAUUUUCUUCCUCUCCCUUGUCAUUGUCUCUGUUUUCCCCAGUUCUUUGCUCUCUGACCAUAAAGGACACACACACACACACACACACACACACACACACACACACACACUUUUUGCAGCAAAACUUGGUUUCUGUCAAAUUCGUGAAUUGUCAUUUUGAGAACGAUAGUCGUCAAUUCUGAAGGAAAGAAUGAAUUUCCUAUCUGUAGAAUUUAAUACUUAGUGUCAGUCUAACAGGAGUUAGAGUUCUCACUCCUCGCUCUGCCAGUUCUUCGUUAGCUGCUGGCUCGUGUCGAUCAAGGACUAGUCUGUGAUCUAUGGUUUUCCCCGGCACACAGUCUGGGUUUGCUGUGCCUCUCAUACUUCCUUUGUUAGCAGCACGUCUUCACCCUGCCCUUCGCUCAAAUCAGCACAGUGAUUGUUUCCUUCCCACUUCUGACACUGGUGUGUGCUUUUUUGUUGAAUUUGACUGUAGUGUUUAAGAUAAGGACUCUGAGUUCAAAACAAGUCUAGUCUCUAGGCUAAUGGAAGACAAACAUUUUUUCUUCCGUACACAAGUAUUUUGCUGACAUGUCUGCACACCACAUGUACGGUUUCUGAGCAAGCUAGAAGAGGGCGUUGGCUCCCCUCGAAUUGCAGUUACAGGCAGUUGUGAGUCACCAGAAGGAUGCUGGGAACAGAACCCAGGUCCUCCUCAAGAGUCCUCAGCACUCUUAACAGCUGAGCCCUCUCCCCACCCCACAAAUAAAGUCUCUGAAGGUUCUCACACAGCUGGUUUAGGAAAACAGAAUCCCAACAGCGAAUGCUCAUUUAAAAAGUAGGAAGUUUUCCUUCUAAGAACUUGUGCAUGCAAUGGGAGUACACUAGACAUCUGACAUGCUCAUCAGACAUGGCAGUAGAUAGGAGGAAGAUCUCAGAGAGGAAGAUGCAUGGAUCUAAUCACAAGCCCCAUGCCUCCCUCGUGUUGGUUCUCUGUAAUUAAUUAUGCCUGUCUGUUUGGAUCACCAGGCAGUUCAUGUUUCAUAGUCAACUUAAAAAGUGUGUCUGUGAUAUAGCCUGAAAUCUUGAUUCUCAGGCCUACUGUAUUAAAGUAUAUACAUCUUAGAGGCACUUUAAAAAACGCUUAGUAUGUUGCUUAAGAUAUUUGCCCUCUUUUCCUUACUAAAACCUAUAAAUGUGUUAUGUUCUUUUCAGGUAACGUAAGCCCAAGUCUUUAAACUCCUAGAGUCAUCUGAUUCCUAUAAAUUGCCUUCUUUCUUCUGAGACACAUAUAAAAUUUCAAAUCAAAAGACAUGAUUUAAUUGUAAUAGGAAUAUUUCUUGAAAAAUUAGAAUGAGAGACUUAUGAGCAAGCUUGCCUUUACUUAUUUAUCUUGAGGAAGGGUCUUACUUGGUUGCCUGAGCUGGUCUUCAGCUUUUGGACUCUGGCCAUCUUCCUGUUUCAGUUUCCUGAGUGGCUGGGACUCCAGGCCCCACCCCCAGAUUAUCUAUAAACAUUUAAAAGGAACAACUGAUGUGGGAGGCUAAGGCAGGAGGAUCCCUAGGGAUGGAAACACAAAUGUCCUCCACCUGAUGAAUGGGUGAGGACAGUGUGGCGCAGCCUCUGACUCCCAUGGCCCCAGGCACCCGCACACACCGCCUGAAACCAGCCUGUGUAGCGUAGCACGGCCCUGUCUCAACAAACAAAUAAAUAUUCCCGCUCAGAUUCUCUUGCAGACCAUCACCACCUCAUAGCGUUGUACUUAAACAAACAAACAAACAAACAAACAAACCCUUCUAUGCAGCACUGAGUCGGUAGAACUUUCCAGGUGUUGCAUUACUUAUCUCUGUCUAAACCUAAUUUCCCUGAAUUCUUCAUGGAAUUGUGCAGACAGUUGUGCGUCUGCCCUGGGGCCGGUGGGGCGUUGCAGCAGCUGCGUUAGCCGAGUCAGGUGUGUGCUCCUACGGCCGGCCCUCUUUUCUCAUGUGUCUGUCAGCGGAUGGCAAAGGCUUUGCAUGUCUUAAACCCCUGAAAGGAUCUGGAAGAGGCCCUGCGGAUGUCUCUCCUCCACUGUCCUGGCUGCAGCAGACAUGUUGCCCAGCCAGUAGGGAUGCAGUAGGGAUGCAGUGGGGAUGCAGUAGGGAUCCAGUGGGGAUCCAGUGGGGAUGCAGUAGGGAUCCAGUGGGGAUCCAGUGGGGAUGCAGUAGGGAUGCGGUAGGGAUGCAGUAGGGAUGCAGUAGGGAUGCAGUAGGGAUCCAGUGGGGAUGCAGUGGGGAUGCAGUAGGGAUCCAGUGGGGAUGCAGUAGGGAUGCGGUAGGGAUCUGGUAGGGAUGCGGUAGGGAUCCAGUAGGGAUCCAGUAGGGAUCCGGUAGGGAUGCAGUAGGGAUGCAGUAGGGAUGCGGUAGGGAUCCGGUAGGGAUGCAGUAGGGAUGCAGUAGGGAUCCAGUAGGGAUCCAGUAGGGAUCCAGUAGGGAUUGGUUUGUUUGGCAGACAGACGCGCCAUCCCAGUAGAGGUGGUUGGGUCCAACUCCUUUGGAAGCAGGAGUGGUUGGGACUGCAGCCCGUGACCAGUGUGUAUUGUAUGUGGUUGUUUCCCAGAAGCUCCAGAGAUAGCCCCUUCGUGGGCUCACUGUGCCCGGGGGUGGGGGUGGGGUGGUCACUGUGUGUGGACCAGAGGGCCGGCGGAGGCUGUGCAGCAGGCAAAGCUCUGACUGGACACCUUCUUCAGUGACAGCAGUCGCUCCUGGUUUCUGCUGCUGAAGCACGGGUUUAGCUCAUGAUGGAGAGACACAGCCGUCUGUGUCAGGGGAGAGAACGUACAGAAAGGGAGGGUUGCCCUCUCCUUUUGACUGCUUUUAAAAUGAGAAGUUUUAAACAGUAUAAAGCUAUUACAGAUGGAUUUUAACGCACCCAUUUCUAUUUUUCCAUGCCACAAUUACAUGGAGUUAUGAUAAGAUGUACCCAUGUAAUGCGUUUGCUGUAAAUGUUUUGCUUCCAUAUUUUUUUUAAAGUAAAUUAAUAUUGGUGAAAUGUCCCAGACAAAUGGCUGCGGAAGUCAGUGACGUCACAGCUCUUUCAGCAGUGACCCAGACGCACUGGGUUCCGCCUCGUGUCAUCAGAAAUCCUCAGACACUGCAGGGCACCUGCCGGGGCCUCCACAGGAGCCACUUGACCAGGACCCCGGAGAAGGGAGGCAGGGCCUGGGCUCGAAAGCCAGCAGCCGCCAGGAAGGUCCAGGCAAGGCCGGUUCAUAGUGUUAGCUGUUGCUCUUCUGUCUUUCUGUGCACCCCGACUGUGCAGGAAUCACUGGGCUCCCUGGGUGUCUGAGUUCAGGAGUCUCCUUCCUUGGAGACACUGCCGGAUCCCGAAUCCGCCCGAGCAUAGACAGUUGAGAUAGAAGAGCCGGACAGGUCCUGUGCACAGUGGGCUGGCUUGGGCCUCCCUGGUGCUGUCUUCUUCGGUCUCUUUCUCCACAGUAGUCCUGUCCACUGCUGUCUCAUUAAGUAUAGGUCACACUACGUACGGUCUGCCCUGUGCUUUGGGACAGGAUGUUAGGAGACUCGGCCUUUUCCAAGAAAAGGUCAUUUAACUGCAAGUGUGAGGAAAGAAUCAGGAAUAGUCCACCUUUUUUGUACCUUUGUUUUGUUUUAGUGUUUUGAGCGUACAAUAGUUUACAUGUGUCAUGCAUAUACUGUUGAUGUGGCUCUUAGAGUCCGUCAGCGUGGAGCGAACAGGACAGAGUGGAAGGAGACAUAGGAUGGACUUAAACCCCAGUGCUUAGUUCUCAUUGCCACUAAUUGUUUUCGUGGUUUGUUUACUUUGUUUUAACUACUACAUGUUUACUUAUUUAUACUUUUAAUUUAGGAUUUUCGUAUUUAUUUAACUUUUGGAUCAUUUGCUUUUGAUAUUGUUUCUUAAUGUGGGAACUAAGUAUUUAAAAAUUAAAUCUGUAUGGUAAUAUAUUUUUACAUAUUUACUUAGUAGUAAUUCUUUGACUUUUUACUAGUUGUUUUUCUUCUGAAAACUUUAGUUUUGGUCAUAUUUCUCAUUUCAGGUGCCUUGUUAAUAAAACCAUAUUAAGAUGAUGCUAUAAAACUUUUUUUGCUUUGCUUUUCUCAAACCUUGAGAAAACUAAAAACAAAAGCUAAAACCUGAAUAUUGGCUCAUCACUAGUGGUGUGGAUUGGUUCGUUUGGCACCACAAAUGGGGGUUGAUGCAGGGACUUCCGCUGUGACUGAGUGGACGAAAAGCACGCUGUCUCUGCCGUCAGUGAGCUGAGCAGGCAUCACCAUGGGGAGGGGCGCCGAGGGCCCCAGUCCCCGCUUCUGCAGGUCUGUGUUUCCAGGCACCAUCUUCUCUGCUGGCCUGGCCUCCUCCUGUUAACUUUCAAUUUUUAAACUAGAAUUUUAAAAUUUUUUAUUAUUAUUAUUAUUAUUUAUUUUGAGGCAGGGUCUCGCCAUGUAGCCCUGGCUGUCCUGGAACUCCAAUGUUGACCAGGCUGGCCUUGAACUCACAGAGAUCCACGUGCCUCUGCCUCCCACGUGCUGGGGUUAAAAGCGUGUGCCACAUACCCAGUUUAACUUGAAUUUUGUUUUUAAACACAUUUUGCCAUUCCUCCUCUGGCAAAGCCAGAUUCUCCAAUGGCCCUCUGGGAAGUGUGAGGCUGCUCUUCCCCUUGCGUGGCCCGCCUCCUUGAAUGUGUUUCACCCCGUGGAGCAGAUCCACACAUAGCACAUCCUCUGCUGGCAUCUCAGAGUUCUGCAGAUACGAAUCAACGUGAUGCUGUUAAACAGUUUGGAGCCUAGCGUUUCCUCUGUCCACCCUCUGGGAACUAAGUACUUUAGGAAAACCCGUGGCUGUGUGGCUGCGUGGCUGUGGAGCAUUGCCCUCAGUGGCCACGCUGUGGACACAGUGUGCAGCAGGACCCCUGCAGUCAGAGUGGCUUGGGGUUGCUGCUAGGAUUCGGUUCCAGUGUCUGUCGUCCAGUAUUUGAAACUAAUUUAAGUAGGAAGAGGUUUCUAAGUUGUAUCUGUUAGAUGUUGUUCCCUCUCACUUUUCACACGGCUGUUCGCUGGUCUCAAGCCUUGUUGUGUGUGUAUGUAAGUUGUGAUGUCGUAAUAAAUUUCUACAGCUGACUGUUGGUGGCUUUUCACGUGGCUGGAUUUUGAUAUAUAGUGGCGUGUGCUCCUUGCGACCACAGGAACAACAUACCCCUCACUAGCUGGCAAUGACCCUUCUCAGACUUCCCUCAUGAAAUCACAUAUUGGCAACUUGGUCUUUUGUUUUCUGUGUAAUGUACUAAUAAUUUUAAGGUUGAUGUGGUAAUGUGUGUGGUUUUCCAAUUAAUUAUUUCAAUAAAUAUUUAUGUGAUACUAUUGCA